AUUUGCCCGAAAAACAAACAAAAAUUCUCUUCGAUUCUAAAAACCCAACAAUUAUUAAGCACGGACUGAGACCCCAGACCUAGAGGACCAAGGAAGUACAGAAGAUGAACAGCCACGACCAGCCGAUGCGCUGCCCAGCCACAGACUCGCAAGUCAUCGGAAUGGGAGACAGCAGAUUUGAGUUUCGGUUCUCUGGUCCGGACUCGAUUCCGAAUGCCGUGAAGCGCCACAACAAGCAGCGGGCGGCCGAGUUGGCCGAGCAGAGUCGCCUGCGGUCUGACUGUAGGUCGAACGCUCCGAUCUUCUGCAAGGUACGCCAUCCCGGCCGUGAUGUCCUCGGCCAGUUCACGUCGCGGGACACGGAUGUGGAGACACAGUUUUCGCUGAACUCAUCUUGCGAUAAUCAAGCGGACGAGACAGGACAAGGGGACAAGGACAAGCCCCAGCAGCUGAGGGGCUUCAGGAAGCUUCCCGUGAUUAGCAAGUGUCUCCACUCCCAGGACACCAGCGAGACCCAGUUCUUUUCGCUUCAAUCUUUGGCCAACAGGAAGGACGAAGAGAGCGUGGAGAACGAGCGGCUUGUGUUCAAGAUCACGGAGCACAAGCGUCUUUGCGCAGGAUGCGACUGUAAUCCCCAUUGCCAAGCCCAUGCCCCUUCCAGGUUGAAGAAGAAACCCGUGAUUAGAAGGUGUCACUUCACCCAGGACCCCAUCCAUCGAAACAGCGAGCGCUUGGAGGCCCUGCACCGGGAGGUGUGCGACGAGUUGGAGUCCUUGAAAUCUCUGGCCUGUUUGAGUCAGCAGGAGGACCAGGCCCCAAUUGCGCAAAACCAGCAGUCUCCGCGACGGUUCAGGGUCCAUAAGAGGGGCCCCGAACAGCCAUCGUCCAAGCCAACGGUGCCGCCCAGGGCUCAAAGGUGGGAGCUGAAGCUACCGUCCAGGCAGAGAAAGACUCCGGCAAAGUUCCCGGUCAGUGCCGAAGAUCUGAUGCAGCGCCUCAAGAGCUCGAUGCUAGCGACCACCGAUAAUGGCCAUGGGGAUGGCGGCUGCAUGAAGGCGCAUGUCCAGAAGGCCGUCAAAUUGGAGUACAGGGAGCCGAAGGCCAGUUUUGUGGACAUAAUACCCUCGGCAAUGAUAUCGCAGGCCAUCGAGGUCAACGUCUGCCAGGCCGUGAACACCACCAACUGUGCGGCCAGGCAGUUUAUGCAUCAGCACCGCAGCCUGGAGCCGGAGCCGACGUCGCCCUUCUUUCGCGAGGACAGCGACCUCGAUCACGAGUACGACGACCGCAGCGGCUACCUCUGCCAGCUGGAGAGCCGUCCCAGCUACAACACCAGUCAAACGGACGAGAAGCCCCUGGCGGAGGAUAGACAGAACAAGCCGAUCUUCUUUGAGAUGGAACGCUGUCCGCACCGUCUGAGUCUGCUGCGGAGCCUGAGUCCGCUGCAAUACACCUCCCAGUGGUCGGAGGAGACUCCGCGUGGGCCGACGUCCCAGGAGACGCUGGCAAGUCCAAGCCGGCGGCACGUGCUGCCGCGGCCCCGGAGCUACAAGCGGCUCCUCAAGAAGAACCCCAAGAUGGCCCACAAAAUGUGCACUCCUCGACCUCGUGCAACGUCCGAAACGGAUAAGAGUGAUGAGCUUCCCACCCCAGCUCUGGCCCACGCUCGUCAGCCCGGAGGCGGGGACUCGCGCAACAACCGCCGUCAGCCCGGUGGCCGGGACAAGGCCAUCCUCUCACGGCCACCUGCAGGCCGUGAAAAGCAGAGCCUUUCGAAACCCAUACCGACGACGGACACCUCCCCGCACCAGGCCCCAACCGUGACGCCUUCGCCGACGAGGCGUCGGAAGACCCGACCGUUGGUGUUCAGCCAGUCGCUGGAGGAUCUGAAGUACGAGAAGCUGGGCAUCUACAACAAGAUCUCGCUGACCCAGGAGCGGAUCAUCAGCGCACUCGACCGCCUGCAGAACAGCCUCCUGAAGCUCCAAGUGCCCGACUGCAACACUUUGGAGCGAAAGAAGCGGGAGCGGAACGCCUUCGAGUUCUGUGUGCGCUUCUCGCGCAACUUCCUCUAUCCCCUUAAGGGAAUGAUCGACGAUGUGCGCCGCACCCCGGUGGGCUAUUUCAACAGUGCCACCUCCAACGAGGCCUGCCAGCGGGUGGUGUGUGUGUAUGGGCUGAUGCACCAGUCGAUCACCACGUACCAGCGCCAGCUGCGGUUCUUCCUCCUGGACAAGGUGCCGCAGAAGCUGAGCGCCCUCAUGGAGAUGAUCUACACGCUGAGCAGCACGUGCGUGGAGAAGGGCAUACUGGAUAGACACGAUCCGGUGGUCGAGUGCCUGCUGGAGCGCUCCACAAAGUUCCUCACCUUCAUCGAGGACAUGCAGGAGGAGCGGUUCAAGAUGGCCCGCGAGCACUACCGCCGCUCCCAGAAGCAGGCCCAUCCCGCCAAUGGGAAUGCGCACUCGUCCCAUCCCAAGCAUCCGGCUUUCCACUCGUCGUUCCACGAGAAGAAGCCCAAACAUAAAUACGACCUCAAGAUGUGUCUCAACGAUCACAAGUUGUACGAGCCGCGCCUGGUGCCCAAGAAGAAGCCCCAAGAUCUGAAGCGCUCGCGCCUGGUCCGGACAAGGAACUGCGGAGCCCCCGCCCACCAACCAGGUUCGGGAGCUGCACAAAAUCCCAUCGAUGUGCAUCUUAUGCGGUCGGGGCUGGAAGAUGUUAAGACGCAGGUGCAACUGGACGACAUCCCCUACAGUAAGUGGCUGGAACUGCGAUCACCCAAAACAAAGGACGCCGAACAGAAGGCGCAGAAGACGGCCAGCCGCAAAGUACAGAAGGAAGAUGAGCUCCAGCAGGCCCUGCUCGAGGCAUUCCGUCAUGUGUCCAGAGAUCAAGUGCAUCAGGUGCUCGAUCCCCUGAUGCGUUCACUUGGUGCCCUCCUGGACGAUAAGGUCCCAAAACGUUUAAGUUAAAUUUUAAUUAUUGAUUUGAUUGAAUUCCCCAAAAUUUCCACAGUCUAAUUUUCGGGAAGCAAAAACAAAAUUGAAAUCAAAAUAGAUAGGUUAUUUACAGAGAAUGAGUUUGUAUGGAAAGUGGGAGAGAACGUUGCUCACGGAGCGAAACCAAAUUUAAAAGUAUGAAUUUCAAAUAAAGGAAGUUACUUUGGUUCUGCAAAUGAA